AUGAUGAUGAAUUGUUGCAUUUGUUUGGAAAAUACUAAUGCAAAAUAUCCUUCAACUAUGACUGUCGUCACUGACAACUCAUUAGUCGAAGGAAGUAUUUUACUCAUUGAAACUAAUAGUAAUUUGAAUACUUUAGAGUAUAGUGCUACCAAGACUCCUAGAAUUACUGCAUAUGCAAUCCAAGCAACUGCGAUAAUCUUGUCAACUGGUCCACCUGAAAAGCCUGGAAUUCUUCUUCAAGUCAUUGGGCAAGUUCAUAAUGGACAAUUAGAGAUUUCGUUACAAACGAGUGUUUACACUGAACAGUUCUUGUGGUCCGUUAAAUCACCAAAAGCUGUGCAACUUGGUCGGUGGACAAACAUAGCAUUCAGCUGGUACAGUAUACCAGAGGAUGAAAGUGGCUCACUUGACGUUUACAUAGAUGGCAUACGUAAGCAUUCUUCAACAAUGCCGAACUCACUGUUAACUAUGAAGAUAGAUCCAAAUUCAACAGCAGAAGUGUUUAUCGGUUCUGCUUAUUAUAAGAGGAUGAGUACUGAAAACAGUUCCAGCAAUCAGAUAUUUGCUACAGGAGGUAUCUCAAAUUUAGCUUACUGGGAAAAUAGGAAUCGUAUCAGUUGUUCAAAACCGAGGAAAACUCAAAAGUUUCUGCUUGGCGACUGUGAAACCAAUACAAAUCUACCAGAGACAGUUACAUGCGUUAUGAUGCAAGGCUGUAAACAAACUGAUGGUUCAGUUUGUAUGGAUCAAACACUGUCGAAUAUUAUUCGUAUGGCAAGUCAAGCGAAUAAGCUGACUUAUCCAUCAGAUUUUAUGAAGAUUUUACAAAUCAGCAUAAAACUUUGA